AUGAACGUGUUGCUCGACUCGUCUGUCUACCGGACGUGGCCGAUAUUCGCGACUGCCCGCUCCGCCAGCUAUGUCGUACUUCCUCCUGAUUUGGCAAACGACUCUAUGCGGCAAAUGUUGAGCAACUAUAGCCGUGCGGCAGAAGAUGAGGUGGCUUCCUCGAUGAACUUUUUAGCCGCUCAAAUGGCGAGAAGACACAGCCAUGGGAACGAGUAUGGUGAAGACACGUUUCUUCCUCUUAUCACUCAAGAUGAUAGCUUUCUAUUGGUCAUGUCUAGUUUUAACAAAAGUACGGCUGUCAAUGCUGCUGCUGACUCGGAUGGAAUUGCACUACUCCCCCACGCCGUCUCCACCAUUCCCACCACACGCUCUGGCGCGCCACACCCUUACUCCCGUCCCUCCAGUUGCUCCUCUAGACGCUCCAUUCCAACCCACUCCCUACCGGCCUCUCGCAGCACAUCUCCCACUCCGCGAGACUUGCCCCGGAUGGAACCUGAGCCGUCCCUUACCACUCUCCUUGAGGCUAUCACAGCCCUCACAGCCACCGUUGGGUCCUUGCAGGACCAAAUCAAAUCACAAAGCAAGCAAAUCACACGGCUUGCUGCCAUAUGCAAGGAAACCAACGACCUUGUUGGUGACAAAGACCAGGGCGGAGCCCAAACCAAGCCUGGCCCAUCGACUGGGCCUGUCACCCCUCCUACCCACUCAGGAGGGGAAACCCACACUCCAGGCACGGUUAGGCCUGGGCUCAAAGCCCCCUUCCGCCCUUCAAGAGGAACAGGGUUUGAUUCCAAAGAAGAAGAGGAGCCAAGACGGCCCAAAAAAGAGCCUCAGGGAACGCCUAGGCGAUCACUCAGUUCCCUUACCCCCUUCAACGCAGGGUCCAGCGUAAAAAGGCCCAAGAUGGACCUCCCCAACCCAUAUAAAGGAGACACCAGGGGACGCAAGGCCACACAAUGGCUGGAUCGUAUGCUGCUCUGGGUGGCCCUACACAGGGACCAAUUUGACGAGGAGGAGCAAAUGGUUGUGUGGAUUCUUUACCACAUGACAGACAAGGCAGCCAAUUGGGCACUCCCCGUCAUAGGGGCCAUUAUCAAGGGCAAGGGUAACCCGCCAACCACUAUCCCGGCCUUAACGGCCAAAUUCAAGGAGGCAUUUGCAGACCCUGAUGCAAAAAGGGCGGCUGCCAGGAAAAUUGCCGCGCUGACUCAGACCACAACCACAGCUGAGUAUGUCACAGAAUUCCGCAAUCUUAUGGCGGAACUUGACUGGAAUGAGGAGGCAUACAUUGCCCAAUUCACGCGCGGUCUCCACUGGAAAGUCAAGGAACUGCUAUCAACCAAGGAUAGUGUUCCUGAUGAACUCGAGGCAAUUUUCGCGGCCUCUAUCAAAAUUGACAACAUCCGCCGCGAAAACGAGGAGAACCGCCCUAAAAAGGCACCAGCCAAGUCCCCGGCCACCGUGGCCACCUCCACUACCACCACCCAACGGGUCCGCCUUUCUGAAGACCCAAAUUACGUCACCCCGGAAGAAAGGGACCGCCGCCGCGCGUCUGGCCUUUGCGUCAAGUGCGGCCAAAAAGGGCAUGGCAUCAAACAGUGCCCUAAUGGAUGGAAGGCAACUAUUAAAGAAGUUGCCAAGAAUUUCCCGGCAGAACCUCUCAAAACCCUAAUAGACUCAGGAGCCACAUCAAACUUCAUUUCCCCCUUGAUUGUGGAAAAAUAUAAAAUUCCAAAAACCCAACUCAAAAAUCCACGAGUUGUGAGAAUGUUAGAUGGUACCAUUUCCCAGACUGGUUGCAUUUGGCACCAGGUCCACCUCACGGUUUCGGCCAACGGCCACCCCCACUCCAUUCCCUUUCUUGUCUGCCCCAUUGGCAACACCCCGGCAAUCCUAGGCAUGACAUGGUUAACGGCAGAAGCUCCUCUCAUUGAUUGGCAACAGGGACUAGUCACAUUCCCUGAACAAGUUCAAAUUGCCUCCAAGGAAGAAGCAGACUCAGACCCUUUAGCAGACCUCCCCCCUCAGUACCAUGAGUUUGCUAAGGUUUUUGGCGAAGAAGAAUUUAAGGUCCUCCCUCCACAUAGGGAGUAUGACAUCUCUAUCGACCUUAUCCCAGAUGCCAAACUGUCUCCUGGCCCCAUAUACGGCAUGACCGACGCAGAAUCAAAGGCGCUAAAACAGCAUAUUGACAAGGAAUUAGCAACAGGCAAAAUUUGCCCUAGUACUUCCUCAGCAGGCGCCCCGGUCAUGUUUGUAAAAAAGGCUGAUGGAUCCCUCCGACUAGUUGUUGAUUACAGGAAGUUAAAUGACGUAACCCACAAAAAUGUCUAUCCCCUUCCAAGACAGGACAACCUCAUGGCCAAACUACGUCACGCCAAAAUCUUCACAAAGCUUGACUUGCGCUGGGGUUACAAUAAUGUGCAAAUUAAAGAAGGCGACGAAUGGAAAACGGCUUUCAGAACCAAGUACGGGUUAUUUGAAUACUUAGUAAUGCCUUUUGGCCUCACCAACGCCCCAGCCGCCUUCCAACACUUUAUGAACAACUUGUUCCGCAACCUUAUUGACGUCACUGUUGUCAUCUACCUGGACAAUAUCCUGAUCUUCUCUGAGAAUCCUAAGGAUCACCCUAACCACGUCAGAGAAGUACUGUCGCGACUAAUGAAGAACCAGCUAUUUUGCAAGUUGUCCAAGUGCUACUUCCACGUUAAUACAGUUGACUACCUAGGCAUUGUUAUUUCUCCCUCCGGAUUCUCAAUGGACCAGAAGAAGAUAGAAGCUGUCACAACAUGGCCCACUCCCAAAACGGUCAAACAGGUCCAGGCCUUCCUAGGUUUUGUCAAUUACCUCAGGCGCUUUAUUCCCAACUUCAGUUCUGUAGCGCGCCCCCUUCAUAACCUCACUAGAAAGGAAUCUCCUUGGUCAUGGGGCGUAGUGGAAGAGCAGGCUUUCCAGGAGCUCAAAACAUUAGUCACCAAAGCGCCAGUCCUGAUCCAUUUGAACCCCAACUUGCCCUAUUAUCUAGAGACAGACGCGUCAGGCGUAGCUAUGGGAGCCAUCUUGAGUCAGCGGGGAGACAAUAACCGCCUACAUCCGGUAGCCUACAUGUCAAAGUCCUUCUCCGGUGCCGAGGCAAAUUACAACACCCACAACAAGGAACUCUUAGCUAUCAUUAAAGCCCUGGAGGAGUGGCGUAUCUUCUUAGAAGCAACGGAUAGACCCAUACAGGUUUACACGGACCAUCGAAACCUGGAAUACUGGAUGCAAGCAAGAACUUUCAACCGCAGGCAUGCCCGAUGGCGCGUAUUCCUGAGCAAUUUUAACUUCGAAAUCCACUAUUGCCCAGGAAAGCAAUCAGGAAAACCAGACGCAUUAUCCAGAAGGUCAGACUACGUAGACACGCCCCCAGAACCAGAGGUCAUGUUACCAGCAGAAGUCUUUGCAAAUACCUCAGAGGAAGAAGUCAAAAUAGUCACAGAAAUUUGCUCCAGACUCAGAGAAGACCCGUCCCUGGAGCCUAUCAUCCAAUUCCUCACAGAAGACGCGGACAAUGCACCUCCCUCCAUCCAGAAAGCUUACAGAGACUACGAUUGGGAAGAAGACCUGCUAUGGUACCAAGGAAAACUAGUUGUCCCAGACUCCAAAACCCUGAAGGAACAACUUCUGAAGGAAUUCCAUGACUCCCUGCUAGCGGGCCAUCCGGGCCAACAGAGAACCCUUGAACUUCUGAGUUGCAACUACUGGUGGCCAGGCAUGAAAUCAUCUGCCAAAGAAUGGGUAGAAUGCUGCCCCACAUGCCAGGCCAACCGUCGAGCUCACGCCCCGGUCAUUGCCCUCAAACCACUAGAAGUUCCCCCCUACCCGUUCCACACCAUUUCCUAUGACUUUAUUACAGGAUUCCCAAAGUCAAACGGUCAUGACGCAAUCUUGGUAGUCAUUGACUCCUUCUCAAAAUUUGGGCAUUUCAUCCCAACUACCAAGAAGGUUACAUCCAAGGGUCUAGCAGAAUUAUUCAUUUCACAUGUGUGGAAACUCCAUGGUUUACCGGUCAGAACAAUAUUGGACAGAGGGACUACGUUCACAGGGAAGUUCCUAAGGGCGCUCUACCAACGCCUUGGGGUAAAACCAUCCUUCUCAUCAGCCUACCACCCUGAGUCAGAUGGACAAACAGAAAGGGUGAACCAGUUCAUUGAGUUCUACCUAAGAUCGUAUGUUGCGGCAGACCACUUGGAUUGGGCCUCCUGGUUACCAUUAGCGGAAUAUGCCUACAAUAACGCAAGACACUCCGCCAUGGGAAAAACCCCCUUCGAGUUGGUAUACGGACAAAACCCUGUCAUGAACCCGUCCAAUAUUCCAGCAAACGUACCAGAAGCCAACCAUGUGGCAGAUACUCUUGCUCAAGAAUGGAAAGAAGCAGAGGCAGCUCUCAGGAUGAGUAAGGAGAAAAUGGCUGGAAACAAGGGGACUAUACCGGAAUACUCAAUUGGUGAUAAGGUCUGGUUAGAUGGAAAAAACGUGGAGCUUAGAACAAACUCCAACAAACUAGACCCCAGGAGACUAGGACCAUUUGAAAUCACGGAGAAAAUCUCUAGCCAUGCGUACCGCCUGAAACUCCCAGAAACCCUGAAAAUCCACAACGUGUUCUAUGUAGGACUACUAUCCAAAGCGCACCAAUCUCCAAGCCAACCAUUCCCAAAAAAACCCCCUCCUGAAACAAUAGAAGGGGAAGAAGAAUACAAAGUUGAGCAGAUCAUUAACUCUAAACGCCAACAAGGGAAAUGGUUCUACUUGAUCAAAUGGAAGGGGUACGGCCCAGAAGACAACUCGUGGGAGCCGGAAGAACUAUUGGAACACAGCCAAGAAGAGAUCAAGCAAUUCAACCAAGCUAGACUCAGAAAGGCUUGUGACGCCGCCAAGAGCCUUUAA